CGCACUUCCAAUUCUUCACACAAUUCCAUCUUUCAAGCCCUAGCUAGCUAUGUGUAAUAACAUCAUGGAGGAGGGUGACGUCGUCGUUCAGCCCCAAGGAGAUGAGGUGCAAGCCAUAACGACGACGGAAUACGAGUUCCGGAGCACGGAGGUGCCGUCAUGGAAGGACCAGUUGACCAUCAGGUCAAUGGUCGCCAGCCUCGCCCUAAGCGUCCUCUUCAACUUCAUCGUCUGCAAACUCAACCUCACCACAGGCGUCAUCCCUUCCCUCAACGUCGCCGCCGGCCUGCUCGCCUUCACCAUGAUCAAGUCCUGGACCGCCCUCCUCACCAAGGCCGGAGUCCUCCACCGACCCUUCACCCGGCAGGAGAACACGGUGGUGCAGACGUGCGUGGUGGCGUCCUCCGGCAUCGCCUUCAGCAGCGGAACCGCCAGUUACAUGCUCGGAAUGAUCCCUAGAAUCGCCGACCAGGCAGAGAUCGGAAACACCCCGAAUAACAUGAAAUCGCUCUCCAUUGGGUGGAUGACGGCGUUCUUGUUCGCCGUUAGCUUCGUCGGACUUUUCUCCAUUGUCCUGUUCCGGAAGCUCAUGGUGUUGAAGUUCAAACUCACAUACCCUAGCGGCACCGCCACGGCGUACCUCAUCAACAGCUUCCACACCCCCAAAGGCGCCGUCUUGGCCAAGAAACAAGUUUCCACCCUGUUCAAAUCCUCCUCCUUCAGCUUCCUCUUCGCCGGCUUCCAAUGGUUCUUUGCCGGCGGCGACGACUGUGGGUUUUCCAGCUUCCCCACGUUCGGGCUCAAAGCAUACGCGAAAAGAUUCUAUUUUGACUUCUCCUCCACCUACGUCGGCGUCGGAAUGCUCUGUCCGUACAUGGUCAACGUCUCCUUACUCAUCGGCGCCGUUAUUUCGUGGGGGAUUUUGUGGCCAUGGAUUGAAACCAAGAAAGGGGUAUGGUACGCCGCCGACCUCCCGGCGUCCAGCCUUCACGGAAUCCAAGGCUACCGGGUCUUCCUCGCUAUUUCCAUGAUGCUCGGAGAUGGGCUCUUCCACUUCGUCUAUAUGACCAUAACCACCGUUCUAAGCCUUCUUCUUCGUAAUUAUAAGAAUCAAGGAGCAGGGGAAUUAGAAGAAGAAAAAGAUAAAGAAGAUUAUGAUGAAAGGAAAAGGAAGGAAUAUUUCCUGAAAGAUUCAAUCCCGAAGUGGGUGGGCCUGUCCGGAUAUGUCGGGCUGGCGGUUAUCUCCGUCAUCGUGGUCCCGUUAAUUUUCCGGCCAUUAAAAUGAUACCAUAUUAUAGUAGUCUAUGCCAUUGCCCCUGUUCUUGCCUUCUGCAACGCUUAUGGGUGUGGAUUGACGGAUUGGUCCCUGGCGUCGAACUACGGGAAAGUGGCGAUCUUGAUUUUCAGUUCUUGGGUUGGGCUGAACAACGGCGGCGUCCUGGCCGGCCUGGCCGCAUGCGGCGUCAUGAUGAGCAUCGUCUCCACCGCCUCCGACCUGAUGCAGGAUUUCAAGACGGGUUACCUCACUCUGGCUUCUCCGAGGGCGAUGUUCUUCAGCCAAGUGAUCGGAACCGGAAUGGGCUGCGUUAUAACGCCGUUGGUUUUUUGGAUCUUCUACAAGGCUUACCCGCUCGGAGACCCGGACGGAUCGUACCCGGCGCCGUACGCGCUGAUGUACCGCGGGAUUGCUCUGCUCGGAGUGGAGGGGUUUGGGUCUUUGCCGAGGAACUGCCUCGGGCUCUCCGUCGGCUGCUUUUUCGCCGCCGUCGCCAUAAACGGGCUGGUGGAGUUGCUGAAGAAGUACGAGAGGAAAUACGGGCUGUACCGGUUCGUGCCGAAUCCGAUGUGCAUGGCCAUCCCGUUUUACCUUGGAGGGUACUUCGCCAUUGAUAUGUGCAUUGGGAGUUUGAUUCUGUUUUUCUGGCGGAGGGCGGACGCGCAGAAAGCUAAAGACUUCGGGCCCGCCGUCGCGUCGGGGCUCGUCUGCGGGGAAUCUUUGUGGGGGAUUCCGGCGGCUGUUCUGGCUUUGGUCAACGUCAAAGCCCCCUUGUGCAUGAAGUUCGUCUCAUCGUCAUCUUAAUCAUCAGUGCAUUAUUAUUUUAGUGUAAAAAAUGUUCUUUGUAAUUUAAAAAAUGUUCAUAUUUUUAGUGUAAAAAAUCCUAUGUAAUUUUUUCGCAAAUGUAUUCUUUGUACCGACCCAGUCCGGCCCAAUGCUCUGGCUGCGCCCCUGAAUACAAUUGUGCUCUUAAUCGUAAUUCGUUAAUAAUUAGUAAAUAAGUUUAUAC